AUGAAUUCCCUGGGAAUUAAACAAGAUUUUUGAAUAACAGAAUUUACCUAUUACUGUACAUAACAAUACACAUUCUAUGAUAAAAAUAAUGAUAAGGAUCCUUUAUCAGAUGCCCGAAUCUAUGGAACUAGAAUCCACCGUCUCGAAUGUUAUAGGUUGUGAUUGUAUGUUUUUCGUUUUUAAUACUGCGUUCAAAUGAAUAAGGUGAAAUAACAAAAUUGGGAAUGAAUAACCCUUACUUAUUGAAACAACAACUUCAAGAGAAUGAAGAUGAAUUAUCCAAUUAUUUACGUGACAUGAAAAUUUGGCAAGAUAAAAUGAAGAGAAAAGAUUCAUCGCCUAUUUUGGAAAAAGACGAUAAGAAAUUGAAAUUUAAUCAAUCUUGUAAUUCAAAUACAAAAAACAAAAUUUCUUCUUGGGAUUAUUCUGCUUGGGAAAAGUUUGAUGUGGAUAAGGCUUGUGAGGAAAUAGACCAUAAGAACGAAAAAGAAUUACCAACAAAUAGCAAUGUAGACAGUAUAUCUAAAACUAGAAAUCAGAAAAGACAUUCUGAGGCUUUGUAUGAAAAAGACUUGGGUAAUUCAUUAGUACAAAAGCAAAAGUGGUCAGAAGCUAUACUAAGAUAUACAAGAGCAAUAGAAUAUUAUGAUAAAGAUCCUGUAUUUUAUGCAAAUCGAGCACUUUGCUAUCUUCAAAUGAAAGAAUUUAAAAGUGUAAUAAAUGAUUGUUGUGCAUCAAUUAAGUUAGAUAAAACAUAUGUUAAGGCUUAUCAAAGAAGAAGUGCUGCAUACUUGUCUUUAAAUAUGUACAAUGAAGCAAAAGCUGAUCUUCUUGAAGUUUUAAAAUUAGAACCUAAUAAUUCACAAGCCAAACAAAGUUUUAUUAUUGUCAACAAAAAAAUUUCAAAAAAUACUGAUUUAAAAGUUAAACCAGUGAAUAGUAAAACACACUCUAGUUUAUUAUUUGAUUCAUCAGAAAAAACUAUAAGUACCAUGCCUCAAAAUUGGCCAUCUAGAGUUAAUUGCAAGCAAAUUAAUCCUAUAUUUAAGCCACCUCAUUUAAGAUCAAAAAAGCCAUUGCUUACUCCAACAAUUGAAGCUAUUCAAGUAGAAAGAGAUGUAGCUGAUGUAAAUAUACUUCAAAAUACAUUCAAUGAAGUAUUUUCAGUUAAUAGUACUGUAUUGAAUAAUAAUUGUACUGAACCAAAAGCAAAUAAAAAUGUCACACAGCCAACAAGUAAACUAAAAUUACCACCAUCUCCUAAAACAUACAUUCAGUUAAAACAAGACUGGGAAUAUUUGAAAACCGAUACAAAUUUAUUAUACCAAUAUUUAAAACAAAUUCCUGGAAGAAAUUUACCAGAAAUUGUUAAAAAUUCUAUGGAUAAUGAUCUAUUUGUUAAUAUAAUACAAAUACUAAAAAUGGAAUUCAUAAAAAAUGACCAUGAUGUAACAGAUUACUUAAUUGGAAUAAGUGAAUUGCCAAGACUACAAAUGCUAAUUAUGUUUUGUUCUGCUGAUCAAUUAUCUAGUAUUAAUGAGUUAUUCAUUUAUGCAUCUAAAUCAACUUCCAAUGAUGUAUUAAACAAAAUUAAAGAUUUAUUUGGAAUAUAACGUAAAAAAUUGUUAAUUUUUAAAAUUUAUAGCAGUAUGUAAUAUAUUAUUUUUUGUAACUUUAAUAACACAAUUUUUCAUUUAAUAAAAUAGUUUGUACAUUUUCACAAUAAUUAUUUAAAUUGUAACACUGUAAUUUUAUUUUACUGUAU